AUGUCAAUAUUUCCAACAUCAAAAUAUGCUGCUUAUGUCAAUAUUUCCAACAUCAACAUAUGCUGCCCAUAUCAGGAUCUCCAACAUCAACAUAUGCUGCCCAUAUCAGGAUCUCCAACAUCAACAUAUGCUGCCCAUAUCAGGAUCUCUAGCAUCAACAUAUGCUGCCCAUAUCAGGAUGUCCAACAUCAACAUAUGCUGGUCAUGUCAGGAUCUCUAACAUCAACAUAUGCUGCCCAUAUCAGGAUCUCUAACAUCAACAUAUGCUGCCCAUAUCAGGAUGUCCAACAUCAACAUAUGAUGCCCAUAUCAAGAUCUCCAACAUCAACAUAUGCUGCCUAUAUCAGGAUGUCCAACAUCAACAUAUGCUGUCCAUAUCAGGAUCUCCAACAUCAACAUAUGCUGCCUAUAUCAGGAUCUCAAACAUCAACAUAUGCUGUCCAUAUCAGGAUCUCCAACAUCAACAUAUGCUGCCUAUAUCAGGAUCUCAAACAUCAACAUAUGCUGUCCAUAUCAGGAUCUCCAACAUCAACAUAUGCUGCCCAUAUCAGGAUCUCAAACAUCAACAUAUGCUGUUCAUAUCAGGAUCUUCAACAUCAACAUAUGCUGCCCAUAUCAGGAUCUCCAACAUCAACAUAUGCUGCUCAUAUCAGGAUCUUCAACAUCAACAUAUUCUGCUCAUAUCAGGAUGUCCAACAUCAAAAUAUGAUGCCCAUAUCAGGAUGUCCAACAUCAAAAUAUGCUGCCCAUGUGAUGAUCACCGACAUCAACAUAUGCUGCCCAUAUCAGGAUCUCCAACAUCAACAUAUGCUGCCCAUAUCAGGAUCUCUAACAUCAACAUAUGCUGCCCAUAUCAGGAUCUCAAACAUCAACAUAUGCUGGUCAUGUCAGGAUCUCCAACAUCAACAUAUGCUGCCCAUAUCAGGAUCUCUAACAUCAACAUAUGCUGUCCAUAUCAGGAUCUCCAACAUCAACAUAUGCUGCCCAUGUGAUGAUCUCUAA